UCCACUCUGCUUUUUUUCCUGCCCUCUUUUGAGCAUCCUUUGGUGAUCGUGUAGACCACAGCCGCAGUGGCUAGCAGCAGCAUCCAUGGCCUAAACGCGGAGCCCUAAAACAUCCACCGGCCCGUCGUACCAGGGACACGGGGACUUUAAAGCCGAGGCUGGAAGUGUGCUCUGUUUUUUUUUUACAUCUCUCCAUCUGGUAACCAGGGGUUUCUCUUCUCCCCUCCUCCCGUUUCAGGCUCCUUGGAGAUAGAGGAAUGUAAAUCUGCAAUCAUGAUGGAAGGAUUGAAAAAACGCACCAGGAAGGCCUUCGGGAUACGGAAGAAAGAAAAGGACACUGACUCUACGGGGUCACCAGACAGAGAUGGUGGAGAGCCCCAAGAGACUGAAUCGCCACAGAAAAAGACCAAUGGGGCUCCAAAUGGCUUCUACGGGGAGAUUGAUUGGGACAGAUAUAACUCGCCUGAGGUAGAUGAAGAAGGAUAUAGCAUCAGACCAGAUGAGGAUGAGGGAGCAGCCCCCAAAGAAAAGUCUCACUUUUUCUCCUCCAGUGAGUCUGAAGAAGAGGAGGACCACCGCAAAAAGUUUAAGAUCAAAAUCAGACCGCUGCCAGCAGACCAUAACAUUGCAGCUCCCUCGGUGGAUGAAUUAAAAGCCUCCAUUGGCAACAUAGCUCUGUCUCCCUCGCCUCUGAGGAAUAGUCCGAAACGCAGUCCAGGGCUGGCAAAAAGAAAUCCCAGUGAAGAAAUUGCACGACCGAGACGUCCUGUUCCAACGCCUGCACCAGCUCCCGUCCCUUCCCCGACACCUGCACCCCCUCCUGAGCCUGCUAGUAAUAAGAAAUCUCCAGUGCCAGAGGAUGCAACAGCCUUAUUCGGCCCUCCGCUGGAGACAGCCUUUAGUGAGCAGAAGACCACUGAAGUGGUGAUAGAGGAACCUGAGGUUUGGGGUGCACCCCUGCCUGAGCAACACCUAGACUCCUCUCUGGCAAGACCUUUUCCUACAGAAACUCCGCCUCCGCUUCCGCCUAAGAAUGUGCCGACCUCCCCCCCUCCGAUUGAAUCUCCUGCUACAGACCCUACCGUUCCUGAUGCAGAUGGGCAGAAAGAAGAGGACAAUUCAAGGCAGACCUUGCAGAGGCCCUCUAUAACUGAUCUAGACAACAUCUUUGGCCCAGAAGACUCUCCAAAACCUGGCCAAGAUGUUGGAGAUAAGUGGGUCUGCUUCAACGAUGAGCCACCUGAAAGACCUCCUCCUCCUUCAGAAGGAGAGCCAGCACCUCCACUGCCCUCAUCUCCACCUCCCCCAGCAGAACCAGCACCCCCAUUACCUAAAUCAUCCCCUCCAUCAGAGGAGCCGAAUCCUCCUUUACCAAAAUCUCCACCUCCUCCUGCAGAGCCAGCACUCCCACCUGUUCCCAUAGACACCACUCCUUCUCCUCCAACUGUCCCGCCUCCUCCGGUUGAAGAGGCCCCACCUCCACCGAAAUCAGAUGAUCUUUCUCACUCCAUAGUAGACUUUUCACUAUGUGCUCCCCUGACAGAGACCCAAUCAGACUCAACCAACAGCCCGCCAACCACUGUAGAGACAAGUGAGCGCACAAUCCCUCCACCCUUGGUUCUGAACCAAGAGGACAAGAAGAGCCAUGAAGAGAACCCAACAAAAGAGGACCCAAGUGAGAGCAGUGCUUCAUCCAAAGAGAUUGGUCAAGCACCACGUUCAACACCUCCUCCUCCUCCACCUCCCACAUACAGGGCAGUAGUGUCGUCCCCAGGGCCCAUCCCUCCAGCUGGUACGAGUGUAAAUGAAAGUGGCUCCUCCUCCCCUGCACGUCCUUCUACGCCAUUGGCUACCAGCAGCUCUCCUCCUCCCCCUCCCCCUCCUCGGCCACCCUCACGACCCAAACUGCCUCCUGGAAAACCAAGCGUAGGGGACAUGAAUCGGUCAUUCAGCCCCCCUGUACACUCGUCAAGUCCCCCUCCUUUGGCUCCGUUGGCCCGUGCAGAAAGCACCUCUUCAAUCUCCUCCACCAACUCUCUGAGUGCAGCCACCACUCCCACCGUCGGUAAAGAGCUCUCCGUGUCUGUGUCAGAAGAUGAUGCUUUUGUAGACAAACUUACCAGCUUUGAGAGACGGGCAGACAUGCCAGCAGAGACAGACCAGCCCUCCCUCGUGUGGUUUGACAGAGGCAAGUUUUAUUUAACAUUUGAAGGCUGUUCUCGAGGGCCCAGUCCCCUCACCAUGGGGGCCCAGGACACACUGCCUGUUGCUGCAGCUUUCACAGAGACAGUUAAUGCCUACUUCAAAGGAGCUGACCCCAAUAAGUGUGUGGUGAAGAUCACUGGAGAGAUGGUGUUGUCCUUCCCAGCAGGCAUCACACGGCAUUUUGCAAAUAACCCCUCGCCUGCUGCGCUAACCUUCAGCAUAACCAACUACAGUCGGCUGGAACACGUCCUUCCUAACCCUCAGUUACUGUGCUGUGACACCACGCAGCCCAAUCCAAACUCAAAGGAGUUCUGGGUGAAUAUGCCGAACCUGAUGACCCAUUUAAAGAAGGUGGCGGAGCAGAAACCACAAGCAACUUACUACAAUGUAGACAUGCUGAAAUAUCAGGUGUUACAGAAGGGUCUACAGUCCACUCCUCUAAAUCUAGCAGUGAGCUGGAGGUGUGAGCCCACCAGUACUGAUCUGAGGAUAGACUACAAAUACAACGGUGGUGCCAUGACCACUCCUGUCGCCCUCAACAAUGUUCAGUUCCUCAUCCCUGUGGACGGAGGCGUCAGCAAACUGCAGGCUGUGCUUCCUCCAGCUGCCUGGAAUGCGGAACAGCAGAGAAUCUUAUGGAAGAUUCCAGAUAUUUCUCAGAAGGCUGAGAAUGGAGGUGUGGGAUCUCUGCUGGCCCGUUUCCAGCUAUCAGAGGGUCCCAGUAAACCCGCUCCGGUGGCAGUGCAGUUCACCAGUGAGGGCAGCACUCUGUCAGGCUGUGACAUUGAGCUGGUUGGCCUUGGAUAUCGUUUUUCCCUCGUCAAGAAGAGGUUUGCAGCAGGAAAAUACAUGGCAGACAACUAAACAACGCCAUGCAAGUCUGCAUAUUUUGGACCAAUUCUGAAUAUUUAAAACACAGGACAUGACCCCAACCUGACCUUUGUAGAUGUACAAUACAGGUGGACCUCACACACACACACUCCAGAAGUAUUAUUGUAAAAUUGCAUUGUAAAAUGUGGACCGUUUUAGGGUGUACUUCUUAUAAUUGUGAACUGUAUUCACUUGGCAACAUCUGUAUUAAGGCAGUUAAACGACCUGGGUUUGUUCGUAAGAUUAAGCCUCUAUUUCUGUUCGACGUGUUAUUGGCUGUGCCUACGUGAACCUGAAUUCUCUGUAUCCUUCUCUAAAAGUGAUACUGAACAUGUGGUUUUUAUUACUCUAUGCAUUCAGUUUGUCAAAAGUAUCCAAUUUUCGAACAAGGUAGCAAAAUAGUACGAUGAACAAAAGAGGAAUGAGCCUCUGCCACAAGAUGGCGCUAUACUGUUGCAUGUAGUAUGAGGUCUGCAUCGGAUUUUGGUAUUGCUCAAGCUUAUUUAGUUAUGAAAACGUAUUCAGGAAUAUCUCAUUUUAAUUUACACACCGCAGUCAGGUUCAUUAAAUGGAAAAUGUUAGAAAUUAUAUUUUGUCAAAUCUGUUUUUAGACAGCCACAGCUUUAAAAAUCUCCUGCUUGCAAUAGACUCACAAAAAAAUGGUUUUCCUCAACAGAAAAGUCAUUUUAAAUUGAAAAUAUAUAUCUUGAAGGCCGUUUGGUGUUUUCUUGUAUUGUUAAAUAGCCUUUCUGUUGUUCUAGAAGUAACAGUGUUAGACAUCAGAGUA